AAAAAAAAAAAAAACAACAGAUAUUUAUCUUUUCCAUGAAGAGUAGUGUCUAAGAAAAUUAUUUACCUGCGUCAUUAAUCUGGCCAACAAAAUUUCUCCUAUUCCUUAGAAACACAUUUAUAAAAAUCCUCAAAUCAUGUAACUUCCUUCCUCCAACUUCAGAUAUCCCAUAAACCAAAAAAAAAAAAAAAAAGUUAUAUAGGAAAAGUACAAUCUUCUUGAUUAUAUAUCCUCAUUAGAGCCCUAAGUCGUGGCCAAGAUUAAAGUGUCUCUCCUUUAGCACAACCUUUAUAAAAAUCACCAAACCAUGUAAUAUUUUCCUAUCCAAGGUUAUUAUUUUAUCCAUCAAUAUUUAGCUCAUCCUUAAAAAAAAAAAAAAAAAAAAAAAAAAAAAAAAAAAAAAAAUCGGAGUGGUAAUUUCAUGAUCAUGGCGGAAUCCGAGCCAGGAACGCCAUCGGCGUCGGUGCCGACCACGCCGGGGACGCCGGCGCCACUGUUCCCGUCGUUGAGAGUGGAUUCAUUGUCGUAUGAUCGCGAACGGAAGUCAAUGCCGAGAUGCAAAUGCUUGCCUGUUAGUGCACCUGGGUGGGCCCAACCUCACACAUGCUUCACUGAUUUUCCUGCCCCUACUGACGUGUCCCUCGCCCGCAAGAUUGGAGCAGAGUUUAUUGGGACAUUCAUACUGAUAUUCGCGGCAACAGCGGGUCCAAUAGUGAACGAGAAGUACGACCAUGCAGAGACAUUGAUAGGCAAUGCAGCAUGUGCGGGGCUGGCAGUCAUGGUAGUGAUUCUGUCGACGGGCCACAUCUCUGGUGCGCAUCUCAACCCGUCGCUCACCAUCGCUUUCGCGGCGCUGCGCCACUUCCCGUGGGUCCAAGUGCCGGCUUACAUAGCGGCUCAGGUCGCGGGUUCCAUUUGUGCCUCUUUUGCCCUUAAAGGAGCUUUCCAUCCCUUCUUGUCCGGUGGUGUUACGGUUCCUUCUGUGGACACUGCCCAGGCUUUCGCUCUUGAGUUUAUUAUCACUUUUAAUCUCUUGUUCGUUGUCACUGCAGUUGCCACUGACACACGUGCGGUGGGAGAGUUGGCUGGCAUAGCAGUCGGAGCUACCGUGAUGCUCAACAUUCUUAUAGCAGGGCCAUCUAGUGGUGGCUCGAUGAAUCCCGUGCGCACACUUGGACCAGCCAUUGCUGCUGGGAACUACACGAAGUUGUGGAUAUAUUUUGUGGCACCGACACUGGGUGCUCUAGUCGGGGCAACUACCUACGCAGCCGUCAAACUCUCCGAGCCACCAACUCCGACGACCCAGGUCAUGAGCUUCCGUCGCUAGCAGCUAGCUAGGAGCUGCGUGUGCGACAAAACUAUGAGUUUCAAAAAUAUAAUAAUUAAAAUAAUGCUUGUGCGCUAGUAUUAGUGCUCUAAUAAUAUUUUUCUCUAUAUUUGUGUUUGUCACACUUAUUCCUGUUUACCUCCCAUGUGGUAUGCCAAAAAAAAAAAAAAAAAAAAAAAAAAAAAAAAAAAAAAUUUUUUUUUAGAGGAAUAAAGGGCAUAGGAGACAGAGAAGUCCACUCUAACUCCACAUGACCCUCACAGUUGUGCUGUUUGUAUUUGGAGCUAGUUUU